AUGGAUUUGUGCGAGAUGAGACCGAGGACUCGUGAUGGGGCUCUUUCCGCCGGAUCCCUCCGCGCUCCCCGCUCAGCCGAGCGAGGCGCGACUGAGGCGAUGAGGAGGCAGAAGUCCGCCCGGGCGGCGGCGGCGGAUCUCCCGGGGGCCGUCGGGGCGCUCAGCCUGGCUUUACCCGGGGCGCGAGUCUCCCCGGAGGCGUUCCGCUUGGCCAAGUUCGACCGGCCGGAGGCGAGUAUCGUUUUCUGGAAGCUACUGUACUCUCUGCUGAAGCAAAUCCAAGGUGGAGAAUGGAAGGAGCCUGUUGAUACAGGCACCCAAGUCCGCUUUGUUAAAAGCGUGGCCUUCAGCCAUGGCUACAGAAGGCUGGAAUUCUAUGAGCUUCCUUCCAGUGGCUCGGUGGGGAGCAGGGAGCUGCUGUUGGCGUUUUCCUGGUUUCUGUGCAGAAUCAGCCUGAUGGAACAGCUUUUGAUGCUGAACAGAGUGAAGUUCUGGGAUGAAGUAUCAGUAUGCACAUGGGAUACCACUUCGAGAAGCCAGGGAGAAUGGAACAGCCUGGUGGUGGAAACCCACCAGGAAGGCCAGAGAGAUGCCCGAUACCUGCAGUGGUUAAACGGACGCCUGCAGUUUCGAUGGCGGAGUUGGCACGCCGCACGGCAGGAGCAGUGCAAGCUGUGGCACAAGGUCCAUUCAUACACAGCGGGUUCUCAUGCUAACUCUGCAAUUGGCCAUUUCUCCAUCAUGGAAGCAGAUGCUCUGAGGCAACCAGAUAUUUGCACACAGCUGUUGCAGUCGAUGGAAUCUGAAAACUCCCGAUUGGAAGCGUUUCUCAAAUGGAAGCCCCUGGAGCUGGUUUAUUGGCGUUGGAUGGAGUCUGUUUUGGAUCCUGAAGUGGAAGACCCAAGACCUCACAAUGAGCGUCACGAGUGCCCUGUUUCACCAGACGCCGCCCUGAGUUGCUACAGUGUGGUAAGAAUUGUGGAAGAAAUUGACAGAUGCAAGAAAGAUCUGCUGGCACUCAGUGACACUGUGUGUGACCUUGUAAGGUGCAGAAAAUUGAGCUGCCAAGUAAAGGCGGGAGCACAAAAGCAAGAACUGCCGGGCAAAAGGGAGUUCUGCAGCAUUGUCCAAAGAGCACAAGAAACCGUGAGGCGGAAACUGUCAGAUCUUAAAGGCCAGAGUAGUCCCUGUAGAGUCAAUGGAGUGCACGGCCCGUACAGGCUCGUGUUUACAGGGAGGCGUUCACACCCCAUUAAGACUGGCUUCAUCCGGCCAGAGGCCAAGACUGCUGUCAGGGAAGGAGUCACCGCCACCGACGUAAUCAGCGAGCUGAAGAAGAGAAAAGCCGGACUAAUGGUAGAGCUGAAGCAGCAGCAGGAGGCGUGCCGGCGGAAGGUUGGCGAAGCUAUCGAGGGGCUCAACCAGGUGCUUUUAAUCGCCCCAAUGUAUCGGUGA